UCAUCAGGGAGUAGAAGCCCGCUGUUCAGGCGGUUUGCGGUUGCGCAACAGUGAGUCGUUGGAGAGGAAGCUUCCCGAGAGCCGAGAGGAUAUUGCAAAACGCGCUUUCUCAAACAUUCCUCUAACUGUGGAGAAGUGGCUCACGGGCCGCCAUAUCCGAGCUAUUCUGGACACAGAGUGGACAAUAAAGUGUUAAACUGAGGGAAUAUUAUUACUGAGGAGAGUCGCGAUGCGGCUGGAGCGGCUGUAGAUAUGGGUCGAUUGGUCCUCAUUUUCCUGCUGGCUUUACUUCGGGUAGCUGAAUGUGCUGUAAUAUCAAACAAGGAUCCUUUAGAAUCCUGCCAGGACUUUGGAUUAGCAUUCGAGCGUGUUUUCGCUCUUCCCGGUGAAGCGUCUGUUCUGGAGUGUCCACUGUCGAUCGACUAUCUCUUCGAUCCUGAAGAAACAUCAUAUAAUGUGAGCUGGUACAAUGUGAAGACCGGCUCAGAGAUCACAGCAGUGGAGCACAGCGUCAUCCUGAAGGAAAACUCACUGUGGUUCUUCAACGUCAGCAAACAACAUCAGGGAAAAUACAGAUGUGUUGUGCGGACCUCCAGCAAAUGCUUCAAACAGGUGACGAUGCUGAUAGUGAGCGAGAUGACCUCAGAAACCUGCGAGAGACCGCAGAGAAGUAUCCAGAAUAUCAAAGCUCAUGUGAAUGAUCUCCUGGCGUGUCCUCUGAGGAGAUAUCUGAAGACUGUGGAUAGGCCAGUCAUACAGUGGUACAAGAACUGUGAGCUCAUUCAAGAAGAUGAGAAGUUUUCUAUUAAUAGAGAAUUUCUUUACAUACGCAAAGUACACGAAGACGACGCUGGAUUUUACAGCUGCAAAAUGAGCUUCACUUUAGCUGGAGUCGCUGGAGAAAUGGCUGAAACCAUCGAGUGUGAAGUGCAGGAUGAAUAUUUAAAGAAACCACAAGUCAUCCAGCCAGUAAAUGAGAUCAUCAGAAUGGAAGAGGGGUCAUCGUUCAGCAAGGAUUGUGUUGUGGUUAUGCUGGGUAAAGGGAUUCCUCUGAUUGAGGUGCUGUGGAAAGUCCUCGUAGAAGAAGAGGAGGAGUUUGUCACGCAAAACAUGUCGCAUCGCAUUCAUCAGAAACCCAGAAACGAGAGCGUCACUGCAGAUGGUUUCGUGUUUGUGCGAACCCUGUCGGUGUCUCAUGUGUCGGAGGAUGAUUUCUAUCUGAACUUCACCUGUCUGGUGUCCAGCAGUCGAGGACAUCUGACCGGCCAGUUCAUGCUCAUCCCAACAGAUCCGGAUCUGCUGUUGUUUGCUGGUCUUCUCCUGGGUUUGCUGGCUCUGUUCUUCACCAGCGCAGUGUUUCUGUGCUCCGUCUUUAAGGUGGAGCUGGUCUUAUGGGUCAGGACUGCGUUUCCAUUUCUCUACAAAACCACAGAUGGCGAUGGUAAGCAGUAUGACGCAUAUAUCGCCUAUCCCAGAGUCCUGGAGGGCUCUAGUGAAAAGGCGGAGGUUUUUGCCAUGAGCACUUUGCCGCAGAUUUUGGAGGGUCGAUACGGUUAUAAACUCUUCAUUCUGGGCCGUGACGGGCUGCCUGGGGAAGCUGUGGUGGAUGUGGUGCAGGAGGCUCUGAGCCGCUGCCGGCGUCUGCUGCUCCUCUACACGGCCUCUUCCCUCUGCAGUCCCGAGGCGCAGGAAUGGGCGGAGCAGCAGACGGGGCUCCACCGUGCACUUGUUGAUCACUCCAUGAGCAUCGUCCUGCUGGAGCUGGAGGAGAUCCGGGACCCGCUGUGCCUGCCACUUGCCAUACGCCUGCUAAAGGACAAACAGGGUGUUCUACAAGCCUGGAAGAGGAGGAGGAGGUGGGGGUGGGCGAUCCAGGACAGGCGAUCAGAGGAGCGGACCAGCUCUCUGCAGCCCUCGGAACGCUUCUGGAAGGAGGUGCGCUUCCACAUGCCCGUCAGAGGAAAAGCUAAAGACAGAAACUGGUUCAGCUUCUAGAUUAACACUGGAUGCAGAUGCUGUACUCAGGGUUAACAGUCUGGAGGUGGAGGGAGAAAGACACUUUUCAGGGGACGCCCACUUCUUUUGCAGAAUUUCUUUCGUUUUUUCUUUAGUUAAGUGCAACAUUGCACUCUUUAUAAAAGACUAUACAUUGCACAAGACAUGUCACUUGUAAAGUUUUAAAUAGGGGAAAGUUUCAAAGUCAUUAUGGCAAUAUGAAGCCCCGCCCUCUAGUGCAGGAGCCAAUCAGAGACAGACAAUUCUCAGGGGGAGUGGCUCGAACCAGAAGUGAGUUUCUGCAGAUUUUGUGUGAUUUAAGCAUUUAUGAAUGAAACUAUAGAGAGAGCUGUUGUUUAAUUUCAUUGGUGAUUCCUGAUAUGAAAGUUAAUAGUAAGCUUGGCAAGCAGUUUUGGAGAGUUUGAUGUCUCCCCAUUCAAAUCUACUGCCCGAGAGGUAUUUCAAAGAGGGCCAAAAAAAAAACUGCUCAUAAAUGCAAUAUUGCACUCUUUUAAAGAUUGUAGAAGACACAAAACGUGUCACUCGUAUAGCUUUAAAUGGGGGAAAGUGUAACAGUCAAUAUGGUGAAUAAAGCUCCGCCCUCUAAUGCAGGAACCAAUCAGAGACAGACAAUUUUCAGGGGGAGUGGCUCGAACCAGAAGUGAGUUUCUGCAGAUUUUGUGUGAUUCAAGCAUUUAUGAAUGAAACUAUAGAGAGAGUUGUUGUUUAAUUUCAUUGGUGAUUUCUGAUAUGAAAGUUAAUAGUAAGCUUGGCUAGCAGUUUUGGAGAGUUUGAUGUCUCUCCAUUUAAAUAUACUGCCCGAGAGGUAUUUUAAAGAGGGCCACCGAGUGAGAUGACUUGCCCUAAAGCAGGGGUGGUGUCCAAACUCGGUCCUGGAGGGCCGGCGUCCUACUUAGUUUAGCUCCAAUUUGCUUCAACAGACCUGCCAGGAUGUUUCUAGUAUAUCUUGAGGGCUUGAUUAGCUUGUUAAGGUGUGUUUGAUUAGGGUUUGAGCUUAACUCUCCAGGACACUGGCCCUCCAUGACCGAGUUUGGACACCCCUGCCUUAAAGGGACUUUGACUCUGCAAAUUAAGUGUUUAGCUUCCAUAUGCCCAUCAGAGGAAAAGCCAAAGACAGAAACUGGUUCAGCUUCUAGAUUAACACUGGAUGCAUAUGCUGGGGUUUAUACUCUGGAGGUGGAGGGAAAAGACACUUUUCAGGAGACGUUAGGUUAAUUUUAAUGGGACGCCCAGUUCUUCAGCAGAAUUUCUUUUGCAAAAAAAAACUGCUCAUAAAUGCAAUAUUGCUCUCUUUCAAAGAUUGUAGAAGACAUAAAACGUGUCACUCGUAUAGCUUUAAAUGGGGGAAAGUGUAACAGUCAAUAUGGUGAAUAAACCUCCGCCCUCUAAUGCAGGAACCAAUCAGAGACAGACAAUUUUCAGGGGGAGUGGCUCUGACCAGAAGCGAGUUUCUGCAGAUUUUGUGUGAUUCAAGCAUUUAUGAAUGAAACUAUAGAGAGA